AUGCUGGAGGCGAACGGCUCGCGGUCGACGCGUGAGGGCGACGGCUGCAGCUCCGUGUCGGUCGCCUUCCCCAUCACCAUGAUGAUAACGGGCAUGGUGGGCAACUCGCUGGCGCUCGCGCUCGUCUACAGCUCGUACAGGAGCAAGGCGAACAGGAGGAAGCGCUCCUUCCUGCUCUGCAUCGGCUCCCUCGCGCUCACCGACCUCUUCGGACAGCUGCUGACCAGCCCCAUAGUGAUAUCGGUGUACCGGGCCGGCUUGAAGUGGGAGCGCGUGGACCCCACGGGGAGGCUCUGCGCCUUCUUCGGAGUGUGCAUGACCAUGUUCGGACUGUGCCCGCUGUUCCUGGCCAGCGCCAUGGCCGUGGAGAGGACGCUGGCCAUCACGAGCCCGCACUGGUACGCCAACCACAUGAAGACGAGCGUGACGAAGCUCGCGCUCGCCGCGAUCUCGUGCCUCGUGCUGCUCUUCGCGCUGCUGCCCGUCGCGGGGGUCGGUCAGUACACGCUGCAGUGGCCCGGCACCUGGUGCUUCAUAAGCACGGGCGAGAGCAGCGUUCCCGGCAACGCCUUCUUCUCCGUGACCUUCGCGCUUCUCGGGAUUCUCUCGCUGUCCGUCACCUUCUGCUGCAACGCAGUGACCAUCAAAGCCCUGCUGAGCCGCUGCCGGGCCAAGCCCGGGUCCUCCCAGGCCGCCCGCCAGUGGGAGCGCCUCACCGUGGAGACCGUCAUCCAGCUCAUGGGCAUCAUGUGCGUGCUCGUCGUCUGCUGGUCCCCGCUGCUGAUAUUGAUGUUGAAGAUGAUCUCAACACAGAUGUCCUCGCAUCAUUGCAAACCUUCAGCGGUCACUGCGCUCCCCAGUCGAGAUGUUCAGGUGGACUGCAACUUCUUUCUCAUUGCCAUUCGCAUGGCCUCGCUGAACCAGAUCCUCGAUCCCUGGGUGUACCUGCUGCUCAGAGAAAUCUUACUUCGAAAGUUUUGCCAAAUGGCCUCUGCCGUCUCAAACUGCUCCUUAGACGGCCAACGUGAAACACAAACAGCCCUCAAUGCCCUCAACAAGCAAGACAUUCACACCAACGUCAUAGAGAAAGAGUGA